GGGGCGGCGGAGCGCGAGGAGUACUGCGGCGUGCAGGGGAGGAGGCGCGCUGCCCUGCGCGGGAGAGGGGAGCGGGGCGCCUGGCCGCGGCAGCCAGGUCCCCGCUGCGGUGGCGCCCGCGGAGACGCUCGUGGUGGAGGGAUGCAGAGGGCCGGGAUCGAUCUUCUGAAAUUUAAGUUUUCAAGAUGAAGUUUUUAUUGACAACUGCCUUUUUAAUUUUAAUUUCCUUGUGGGUGGAAGAAGCCUAUUCUAAGGAAAAGUCUUCAAAGAAAGGGAAGGGGAAAAAGAAGCAGUAUCUAUGCCCAUCCCAGCAGUCAGCAGAGGACCUUGCCCGAGUACCUGCCAACUCCACUAGCAACAUCUUGAACAGGUUAUUGGUCAGUUAUGAUCCCAGGAUAAGACCAAACUUCAAAGGCAUUCCUGUUGAUGUAGUAGUCAACAUUUUUAUUAACAGUUUUGGAUCCAUUCAAGAAACAACAAUGGACUAUAGAGUUAACAUCUUCCUGAGACAAAAAUGGAAUGACCCCAGGCUGAAGCUCCCCAGUGAUUUUAGGGGUUCAGAUGCACUGACAGUGGAUCCAACGAUGUACAAGUGUUUAUGGAAACCUGAUUUAUUUUUUGCAAAUGAAAAAAGUGCCAAUUUUCAUGAUGUAACCCAGGAAAAUAUCCUCCUCUUUAUUUUUCGUGAUGGAGAUGUCCUUGUCAGCAUGAGGUUAUCUAUUACUCUUUCAUGCCCUUUGGACUUGACCUUAUUUCCCAUGGAUACACAACGUUGCAAGAUGCAACUGGAGAGCUUUGGUUACACAACUGAUGAUUUAAGAUUUAUCUGGCAGUCAGGAGAUCCUGUGCAAUUAGAAAAAAUUGCCUUGCCUCAAUUUGAUAUCAAAAAGGAAGAUAUUGAAUAUGGUAACUGUACAAAAUACUAUAAAGGCACUGGCUACUACACAUGUGUGGAAGUCAUCUUCACUCUGAGGAGGCAGGUCGGCUUUUACAUGAUGGGGGUCUAUGCCCCAACCCUGCUCAUCGUGGUUCUCUCCUGGCUUUCCUUCUGGAUCAACCCGGAUGCAAGUGCUGCCAGAGUGCCCCUGGGUAUCUUCUCAGUCCUCAGCUUGGCCUCUGAGUGUACAACCCUUGCUGCUGAGCUUCCCAAAGUUUCCUAUGUGAAGGCUCUUGAUGUUUGGCUCAUUGCUUGCCUUCUCUUUGGGUUUGCUUCCCUGGUGGAGUAUGCGGUUGUCCAGGUGAUGCUGAACAACCCCAAAAGGGUUGAAGCAGAAAAAGCCAGAAUUGCUAAGGCUGAGCAAGCAGAUGGAAAAGGUGGAAAUAUGGCUAAAAAGAAUACUGUGAAUGGAACAGGGACUCCUGUUCAUAUUAGCACUUUGCAGGUUGGUGAGACCAGAUGCAAAAAAGUUUGUACUUCUAAGUCUGAUUUGAGAUCUAAUGACUUCAGCAUUGUUGGAAGCUUACCAAGAGAUUUUGAAUUAUCCAAUUAUGACUGCUAUGGAAAACCCAUUGAAGUUAACAAUGGACUUGGGAAAUCUCAGGCUAAGAACAACAAGAAGCCUCCCCCUGCAAAACCUGUUAUUCCAACAGCAGCAAAGCGAAUUGAUCUUUAUGCAAGAGCAUUGUUUCCUUUCUGCUUCUUGUUCUUCAAUGUUAUAUAUUGGUCUAUAUAUUUAUGAUAAAUCUUUUCCAUUUGUACAAAAUAAAAAUUCAAUUUAAUUGUGACCUACUCCAUUCAUAAAUGCCAAUCUGUGAGAACUUUUGAAUUUUCAUAGCAACAUUGCAUUUUGGAUGCCAUUUGAUUGUAAUAAAAAUGUGGCACCUUAAUUUUGAAUGGCAGCAUGAUCAUGUAAUGUCUGUGCUCUAAUAAUGAUGUAUAUAUGUAUAGUGAACAUAUUGCUUAGUAAUAAAUGAAGGACAAGCAUACUACAUAAUAUAACCCAAACAAUUCUCUUCAGUUAGUGUAAACUGCGAAUACUACAGAUAAUUCUGAUAAUAAAAUAAUAUGCACGCUAAAUCCUGCUAUGUUUACCAUUCUACCCUAUGUAGUAUUUCAAAUUUCCUUCCUUGUAACUUUCAAAGAAAGCCAUCUUAUUCUUGUAAAAUUUUAGAUGGUAUUAUAACAGAUUUUAAAAGGUUGUAUUACAUAUUGUUUAAACUUUGUAAGUAGAAAUGUAUCAAUUAUAAUUAUGCGGGCUCUACGGAGAAAUAAAGUUCACAAAAUAUUAAUUUGUAAAAUCAGCUCAUUUUAAAGUGUGCUUGUGUUGUCAAAAUAUCAGAUAGUAAUACACAGUAAGCAUUUUUAAACAAAGGGAAACCUAUAUUUAUGUAACUGUAUAAUGAAUUCUGACAAAAUAAAAAAUUAAAGAUACCUUAUUGAUGAAAUAUUUAGCAUAAACAAAAUUCUAUUUAAUCCACCUGAAAACCUAAAUGUAUUUUCAUGGAUUUCAUUUGUUGGUACGUAUUACAUAAAACAUUGUGCCUUAAAAUGAGUCGUACAUAUUUUAAAUUGGAAUGCAGUAAUAGAUACAUGAUUUUACAUCAUUUUUGAGAAACCAAGGGAAGUAAUAAGUUGAAAAAGAAAUCCAUAAUUAUUAUAAGAUUUUAACUUUUUUAUUUUAUUAAAAUGUUUGCAUAUUUUAAGUAAAAUUAAAAAUGUUUUCUGAAUUUAUUUUUUUAUUUGAAUAUUUUGGGAUUAGUCACAAAAUAUUUAGAGAUUAAGUAAAUAAUAACUUUGUUUGUAUUAGACUUCACUUCUACUUGUAUUUUCUUUCUUGUUAAAAGUCUAGGCAACUGAGAUUUACUUACUUUGAACUUGUUCCAACCCAAAAGUAAGCACUAAGUCUCAUUUUAUGAGACCACCAUUUCUUAAUAUCACAUCCAGUGCACCUUUGUCUUUCUGCUAUAUCUGAAACAGAACUACCGUUAAUUCACAUAGAUAAACAUAAGACUAAAGAAGUACAUUUACAUUAUCUGAAGAGUUUUGUUGCAGCUAUGAGUUUGUGUGGCAAAUUCAAUAAUAAAGUAUUAUUUAUGCAAAUUGC